AUGGCAGCCGAGGAGCCGGUCGCCCAGGCCGCGCCCGACACGGCCAUGACGGACGUGAGCAUGACCGGCGCGCCGCCGAGCCCUACGAAGGAGAGGAUGGCUACCGAGGGCCAGGGCGAUGUCCAAGGCGGUAGACCUCUGGAGGGCCAUGACGAAGCCUCGACAGCGACGAACGAUGAUACGUACGACGUGCGCUUGGUCAAGGACCAAUAUGGCCUCGGCAUCUACUUUACUCGCAGCGACGAGAUGGCGGUCGUGGACCAGCACGUACCAUUUUACAAGCUGCCGUCCGGCCUCCCAGGCCCCGGCGAAGCCAGCGGGCGCAUCAAGCCCGGCGAUGUCCUCGAGUUCAUCGAUGGGCUCGAUAUUCGGGCGCAGCCGUUUGAAUCAACCUUAGAAGCACUCCGCAACCUCGCACUCGGCUCGGUGACGUUGAGCUUUCGAUCGCCUGCCUACUUGCCGCUGAUCGAAACACCCCUCGUCGAGGCAGCCGAGGCCGCCGUCACGCUCGAGGAGCGCAAUCAAUGGCUCGAGAACGAGCUCGCGCGAGAGCGCAAGUGCCGCGCGCUCGCAGACAAGAAGGUGCUCCUCUACCGCGAAGAGGUGCUGCGCUUGAGCCAAGUCAACCUCGAGCUGCGCACGGCGAUGGCCAAGGACGAGGCCAAGAAGCGCGCGGCCAACGACUUUCUCGCGUGUACACACCUCAUGCUAUGAUCGUCGUCCAUGUCGACUGCUCUUGCCCUCUGAUGAAAUUAUUUAACAUGCGUAAUCCAGAGCUCCUUCUGUC